AUGUUAUUGCUUCCUUUUAAGACAAUUAAAAUAAGUACACUUAUAUUUCAGUUAUCGUUAGAGGAAAAACAAUAGCUUCUUUGUUAGUUUGUUGCGUAAAAGAUAUAAUGUUCCUAUCGCGUAUCACGGUUUGGAUUAUCUUAUCCUAGUUUUGUUUUUACACGACUAAAUUAGGUCGGUCGUUUAGUAGUUCUAAAUAUUUUACUGUGGUGUUGGAGGGUCUCAGGUGUCAUAAAAUAUUUCAAUAUCUCAACUAACUUUAGUUAAAGUUUAAGAUGCCACGUGUCUUGUUCUUGUGCUUUAUUGUGGCUAUCACAAUUUUGGUCAUUGUUCAAGGUCAAACGUACGGGCCUACUGGCGAAUACAAUGAUAGUCUCAGUCUGACAGAGAUCAAUGCUACCAACACAACAGGAACUAGAGCAGUGUCCACGUUACAAUUUGUUAUUUUGGUGGCCCGUCACGGCAGCAGGGGUUCUGUCUUUAGCUUCCCAUCAAGCCGGUACCAGAGCAAUGAUAGGAGUGUGUGGCCACACGGUUUUGGGGAGCUUACCCAGAGAGGUCGCAUCCAGAUGUACAAGUUGGGGGAGAAUGUGCGAUCCAUGUACAACGGCUUUCUCGACAGUACAUACCGAUCAGUGGACUUCAAGGCCUUGAGUUCUCCUUCAGGACGUACCAUUCAGAGUGCAGAACUAUUCCUGGCCGGGCUGUUUCCUCCCCAUGGCUUCCAGGUGUGGAAUCAGGACCUGCUCUGGCAACCCAUACCGGUCUUCCCUAGUUUUCUAGAUCAUUAUAAGAUGGUCUUUAUAAAAGGACACAGCAAAUGCCCGAGAUUCACUGAAGCUCAAACAAACUCUUUGCUGCAAUUUGAUAAACUAUACGAUGCGUCUCUCACCAGCUUUCUCGAGUACGUCCUUCCCCAUUCGGGUAUCGAUGAAGAAACAGUUCGAAAGAGUUACGACAACUUAUACAGGUUGCAAAUAGUCAUAUUAUUAUGGGAAUCCUUGAACAAUGAGGCAGAGAAUGGACUUCCACUCCCAGACUGGGCCUCCGAGAUAUACCCAGAACCUCUAACCUCACUGUAUGUGGCACUCCAGAGGGUGAUUAUUGCAGGGUCUGCAGAUCAAAUUAAAUAUUUGCAAGGAGAACUGUUCCAAGAGUUGGUAGGCCUGAUGCAGUCCAAGGCUAACAACACGCUGAGCCCUAACAGACGCAUGUACUACUACUCUGCCCACGACUACACGCUACUGGCCCUACUGGCGAUGUUGGGUCAGCAGGCGGUGGAUGAGGUGAAAUACGUGAACACUGGAUCUGCCUUAAUCUAUGAGCUCCACCGUCACGCGAGCACCGGUCGGUUCUACAUCCAGGUGCUUUAUAUUGACGGACAUGGAGAUUUGGUACCCAUAGAAAUCAACAUAUCCGAAUGCGAAUCACCUUGUGAUUUUGAACAGUUUUUGAAGACCACCGAGCAGUACUCCAACAUUACAAACUGGUUGGAAGAAUGCCACUUGGGACCCGCGACAACUUAAGCAGUUGUAAAUAAGAACUGGAUGGGAUUUUUGUCAAACUAUGGAUCAUAAAGAAAGGUUAAAUAGAUACUGACUAAAGAUUAAAAUAUCCAAGAUGAGUUACAAAAACCAUAAAACUUUAUUAGUUUUCAGUCAAAUCAAUAACCUCCUACUCAUGAUCCAAGGUAGAGCACAAGCCACUUAUCCUGUAUUGUAAUCAAAUGUUCAAUAUAACAUAGCUUUUAUAA